GAGGAACGAUGCCCUGCUCCUGCCGCUGCCGGGCGUGACCCCACACCAUGCGGAGCGCCACCAGUUUCUGAAGGACAGGAGCCGAGGCCUCGGGUACGAGGAGAGGAACAGGCACCGACUCCCGGAGUUCGAAGUGAAGAGGAAGCCGAAGGAGAACCUCGAAGGCCUUGAGGAGGAGGUCAACACCAGGGACCAGACAUGCCAGACUUUGGAGAAUGAUCUCCAAGAUGCUCUGCAGGAGAAGAAUCGCCUGAAUCUCGAGUUGCUGAGCCGCAGCCAGAAAGCAGAACGGUAUGAGCAGGUCAAGUUGGACUAUGAGCAGCUCAAAGAGACCCUCGCCGCUGUGACCCGCGAAAGAGACUCAGCCCUGAGGGAGAGGACCGAGCUGCAAGGCAAACUGGAGAACCUAGAGCAGGUGCUCAAGCAUAUGCGAGAGGCCGCGGAGCGGAGGCAGCAGCUGCAGCUGGAGCAUGAGCAGGCUUUGGCCGUCCUCACUGCCAAGCAGCAGGAGAUCGACCUUCUGCAGAAGGCUCAAGUUGAAGCUAAGAAAGAGCACGAGGGAGCUGUCCUGCUGUUAGAGGCCAAAGUCCGAGAGCUGGAGGAGAAAUGCAGGACGCAGAGUGAGCAGUUCAACCUCCUGUCCAAAGAGCUGGAGAAGUUCCGUCUGCAGGCGGGGAAGCUGGACCUGAUCACCAGCGGGCCGCUGACGGCGCGCGAAUCCCCCGACUCCCCCAACAAGUCCCUCUCCCAGCUCCUCAACGGUCUCUCCGCCCCCAUCGGGAAAGGAAAUGAGAGUCCAACGCACAGGGCCGUGAUAUCCGAGUUCAUCCGACCGCUCCAGGUCACCGGAGAGAAGCCCGAACUCCUGUCCGUCAAACCUACGUUCCUGUCCAGGACCCGGGCCGGCAGUCCCCGUCCCGCAGUCCUACCAGAGAUGGACAGCGAACUGAGCUCCACCACCAGGUCCAAAGCCAGGUACACGGGGAAGGUGCGGCUCUGUAUCGCUCGGUACAGCUAUAACCCUUAUGACGGCCCCAACGAGAACCCUGAGGCAGAGCUGCCCCUGGUGGCCGGGAAGUACCUCUACGUCUACGGGACCAUGGAUGAGGACGGAUUCUACGAAGGAGAGCUGCUGGAUGGCCAGAGAGGCCUCGUCCCCUCCAACUUCGUGGACUUCGUCCAGGACGAGGAGGUGUCCUCGGUCCAGCCGGGGGACGGCAUCAAGGAACCGGGAUACCUCGGCCACGGCGGCGCGGGGCUGGCCGGCCUCGGCGGCCUCGUGCAGGACUCCAAGCUGGACGGCCCCGGCGUGGGCGGCGGCUUGGUCGCGGACCUCCUGGGCUCGUGCAGCAACGGGACGGGGACCCUGGACGUCAGCAUCGACGAGAUCGGCGAAGACAUCGUGCCUUACCCCCGCAAGAUCACCCUGAUCAAGCAGCUGGCCAAGAGCGUGAUCGUGGGCUGGGAGCCGCCGCUCGUGCCCCCGGGCUGGGGCUCCAUCGGCGGCUACAAUGUCCUCGUGGACAAGGAGGUGCGCGCCACCGUGCCCUUCGGCGGCCGGACCAAGUCGCUCAUCGAGAAACUCAACCUGGCCACCUGCACGUACCGCGUGUCGGUGCAGAGCGUGACGGAGCGCGGCCCGUCGGACGAACUGCGCUGCACCCUGCUGGUGGGCAAGGACGUGGUGGUGGCGCCCUACUGCGUGCGCGUCGACAACAUCACGCAGGUGUCCGCCGAGCUCGCCUGGAUGCCCAGCAACAGCAACUACAGCCACACCAUCUUCGUCAACGACGCCGAGUACGACGCGGUGAAGGCCGCCAACUACAAGUACCAGUUCUUCAACCUGAAGCCCAUGACAGUGUACAAAGUGAAGGUGGUGGCUCAGCCUCACCAGAUGCCCUGGCAGCUGCCACUGGAGCAGAGGGAGAAGAGGGAGAUCUGCGUGGACUUCUGCACCCAGCCCGCAGGACCCCCGUUCCCGCCACAGGAGGUGCAGGUGCACUGCGGACAGUCCCCAGGGGUCCUCCAGGUGCGCUGGAAACCCCCGCUGAUGACACCCAACGGGACCUCCAACGGAGCCAAAGUCAUCGGCUACGCCGUGUGCACCAAGGGCCAGAAGAUCGCUGAGGUGAUGUUCCCGACGGCCGACUACGUCAUGGUGGAGCUCAACAGGAUCCAGGGUCUGGAGGCACGCGAGGUCAUCGUGAGGACGCUGUCGGCGCAGGGGGAGUCGCAGGACUCUCCCGUCGCCACCAUCCCCCCCAACCUCCUGGCGUCCGCACACCCGCCCCUGCACCCCAUGCCCCCCCACGCUGCGCAGCCCCCGCACCUUCACCCAGCCCGGCCGCAGGCCCACCCUCCGCCCUACCCGCAGACCUACCCCCCUUCCCACCCGCAACCCCAAAUCCACCCCAUGCCCCAACCCCAACCCCGAGCCCACACCCUGCCCCAGCCGCACUCGCACCCCGUGCCCCAGCUGCAGCCGAUGCCCCGGCCGCUCCUCCAGCCCCUCCCGCAGCCGCAGCCCCAGCCCCACCCUCAGCCGCAGCCCAAGCCAUUAGCGAGUGCCCGAGAGAGCGAAACCAAAGAGCAGGAGUCGAGCGGGCCCCACCACGGCACCAGGCUGGGCCCCCCCUGGGAGCUGGCGCGCUCCCCCUCGCCCCUGCCGUCGGCGCACCCCCACACGCUCGAGCCCCCCCAUGUCCAGGGGCGUCGCUCGCCCUCCCCCCAGAGAAUCCUCCCGCAGCCCCAGGGGGGACCCAUCUCCAACACGGCAGCCAAGGCCAUCGUCCGCGAGGCGGCGCAGAGAGUGGCCGAGAACAACCGCGUGGAGAAGAAAAACAUCUUCAGCGAGAGGAGCGGCGCCGUCCACCCGCUCAACUCGGACGAGGAGGAGGACGGGUACGAGUCGCCCCACGCUCGGAGGCGGGGCGCGUCCGUCGAUGACUUCCUGCGGGGUUCGGAGCUCGGCCGACAGCCGCCGUACAGCCACAGCGAGGAGUACCAGACGGAGAGCAGCCGGGGCUCCGACCUCUCCGACAUCCUGGAGGAGGAUGAGGAGGAGCUCUACUCUGAAAUGCAGCUGGAGGAGGGCCAGCGGCGCGGCAUCACCUCCCACAGCACGCUCAAGAUUUUAGGGACUCCCCCCUCGGUGGGCGGCCCCCCCGACCGGCUGGACCACUCAGGGCGGAGACCGGCUCACGGCGGCGCGCCCCCCCAGCGUCGGCCCAUGACGGUCCCUUCCAUCGAUGGGUACGGUGGCCGGGACCGGCAUUCCCCAGAGUACUACGACGAGUCGGAACCGGAGGACUUGCCUCGGAUAUUUGUGGCUCUGUUUGACUACGACCCGCUGUCUAUGUCGCCGAACCCCGAUGGCGCCGAAGAGGAGCUGCCCUUCAAGGAAGGCCAGAUCAUUAAGGUGUAUGGGGACAAGGACACAGAUGGGUUCUACCGGGGCGAGGUCAACGGACGAACGGGCCUCAUCCCCUGCAACAUGGUGUCCGAGAUCCAGACGGAGGACGAGGAAAUGAUGGAACAGCUGAUCAAGCAGGGCUUCCUGCCCCUCAACACCCCCGUGGAGAAAAUAGAGCGGAACCGUCGGAGCGGCCGACAGCAGCCCGUGUCCACGCGCAGGAUGGUGGCGCUGUACGACUACGACCCCAGAGAGAGCUCCCCCAAUGUGGACGUGGAGGCCGAACUGACGUUCUGUGCAGGAGACAUCAUCACUGUCUUUGGGGAAAUCGAUGAAGACGGGUUUUAUUACGGUGAACUGAACGGACACAAAGGUCUCGUUCCUUCAAACUUUCUCGAAGAAGUGCCUGACGACGUCGAGGUCUAUCUCACGGACUCUCCAUCCUGCUUUGCCCAGGAUGCUCCAGCAAGGACCAAGACCAAAAGGGUUCCCCUGGAAAGCAUGGGUCCACCCAGGAGAGCUGCCUCCCCCACUGUGCGCCAGCAUCUCCCCAGCUCCAGGCCCGCUGCGCUGGGGUCGGGCAGCUCCGUAAGGGGCCCCCGCGACUUGUCCUCCAAAAAGAAAAAGGGCCUGCUGUCCAAAGGGAAGAAACUGUUGAAAAGACUUGGUGCUGUGAAAUGAUGACCCGCCACAUGUAGUCCCAGUACGCCCCAGGUCCUAAACGUGUUAUGGAAAAAUGUCCAAUUCUUCCAUUACUGUAACUGAAAUGGGGAAAAAAAUCAGCUGUCAAAACUAGGGUUUUCAUGACAACGGUCAACUAGUCGAGUGCUGUACACACCUCUGGACGAGAGCCGUUCUUACCGCGCUACGUCUGGUGGCCGAAAGCUGGACGUUUUGCUCCUUAUGCAACCGGUCAAGGAGAACGUGAGCGUUGCCGGUAGAGCCAAGUGAAGAUGGGGACGCGAGCGGGGCAUCGAUGCGCUACUUCGUCCUCUCUCUCCUUCCCACUGCGGCUCGCUUGCAGGGCUCAGCAUGUUGACUCGUUGGGUAUAGGGACACUCGAAGCACACGUUUACAGCCGCUGACCGCUAGGGUUUCGAACCCUCGGCACGCACCGAGGGAGGUCUACACGUAGUGUGGCCCGCACCUGUAGUAGGUCAGUAGACCGGCUCCUCACCGUACAAACACAAACGAGUCUCUUCGGAAUUCCACGGUCACUUUUAGCACCAAGUCACAAAGAGGGUAAGAAAAAGGAUAAUAACACAGAUGUCCGUCAACUAAGUCCCUGGUUAGCGUCUUUAAAGAAUCGUUGAUAACGUUACAAUAAAUAGCUGCUUUGAAAGAAUCUGUAAGACUGUAUUAACAAUAAAAAAAAUGUGAUUGCUGACACUCAUCCUAUAAACACGUGCAAUGUUCCUCAUCUUCUUGCUGAUCAGCGACACUCAGGAACACCGGACAGGACCUGUAAACACUGUGAAAGGGAGUUGAAAGAAGGUGGUCCCUCGCUCCUGUUCUGUUUUGGAUGAUCCUUUCCGCCAUCUGUCGCCUCAGACAGCAAACACCGGUUGCUUUCACUUGGCUGCUAAAAUUUUACAGGAUAGAUACGUGGAGAAAAGACGCAUUUGAAAAUGAGCUUUGAAAAUUCCUGACUCGAGCAUUCGCAGCACGAGGAGCUUGCGGACCGCGUUAGCUUUUAUAUGAAGUGCAGCCCGUGUGGGGACCCGUGCGUGGACCCGUGCGUGGACCCGCGUGUGGGGUGCGCUGUACGCGGCCCGUUUGUGGCGCACAAACUCCCACACCUGUACUUAUUAUGCAUCGCAGUGGGUCAGCGCACAGCAUCUUCCCUGCUACAUCCACACACGCGACGCUCAACUAUCCGUGUGCAUUUUGCCACUUUCCUCAUUCGUAUCACCUUUCAAGUCUUUCAGACACGUGGCAUGUUUAGGAAUCUGGGGGGGGGGGGGUCCUAGAAAUUUAAAAAAAGCACAUCUCAGUACGUCUCCCGAUGCCUUUAAGCACUGCACACGUGAGCCGAGCCGUUUUAAAAUGGGCCCUGAGAACAGUCUUUGCGGCUAACUACUAGCUAACUGGCUAACUAGCUAACCGACACAGCGUAUCUAUCCGGUCACUCAGGACUAGUUUAUCAAUCCAGACUAGUCAUGAAACACCUAGUUUGAAGCAGCCCUCCAUGUAUUUGCCUUAUAAAUGCACAAUGGUUUGUAUUUUGUCCGGUUAAUGGAGCAAGAGUAGUUUGUACGUUUCGUGUGCAUUCAUGUUAGUGCAUUCCAUCUAAAAAAAAAAAAUGUAGUUAUAAGUGAUGUGAUCACGUGCCGUUCUGCCAACUACAUUUCCAUGUGUUACUUGUUUUGGUUGGAGUGGGGGUGGGUACUUAAAAUGGCUUACUCAUUUUAUGAAAACAAAAAAAUGAAAGUUGUCCAGUUUUACACUGCUAGCUAACCCUGAGCUGCGAGCAAGCUGUCGCUAAAGGGGCGGAGCUCUGGACAUGUUGUCCAAUGGGGUGAAUUUAUUCCUGCUGUGUGUCUGGGCAUCGACCAAUGGGAAUGAUCCUGCAAAUGGGGUCGGAAGGUGGAACUUGGGAAGGGGCGCGAGACCGAGAUCGCGGGGAACACCUUCUCCAGGUACCCUGAAAAUCCACGGGAUUUGACCCAACGCUCAGCCCUGUUUCGGCCCGCGGCCGCUUUGUGAAAUGAAACCUUUUCCCACUCUUCCCAUGAGGCGUUACUCAAAACCAACACGUCACCACUCCAUGUCUCCAGUCCAUCUUUUCGUUUCUUACCCUUUCAUUAUUUUACCUCUCAAAAAUCCACUGCUUUAAGUUCCUACCUGGGUGGAAAAACACAGAACAUUGAAGAGACUGAAAGUGAGACUGCCAAAAAAGGAAUGUAUAAAAUAUUCAGUUUAACUUGCAUAACUGUCAGCCAAAAAAAGCAUUUGAUCCAUAGGAAUAGAUGUACAUUUUUGCAAAUCAUGAAACCUUAAGUCAGUAGUUGGGCAUAGCUUCUAUACAUAUUGUUUGAGUGACUUGCUCUUUUUGUACUUUGUCCAUUUGUAAAUUGUUUUUAAAUGUUUAUACUUGAUUUUCAGACUGCCUUUUUUGUAAAUUAAAAUUUAUAAUCAGACAGUGCAAGCUUUCCCCAUGGUGUCUUCUACAACAUGAUGUUUAAAAGUCUGCAGUUGUGUGCUAGCUUUAUGAAAUUAAAAUCAUUGGCCUAUAUUUGUGGUUAUCAAA